CGUAUUACAGAUUUCUUUAACGUAACUGAGUAACUGUCAUUAACGUCAACGUCGUUUUGUAUUUUUGGAGGGUUGUUGUGAAAAAAAGUAAACCGCAUUUGCGUUGUAUGUUUGGUAAAUUAUUGAGUGAUAUUAACGAAAUUUGUUGUGUACAAGCAUGGCUUUCAAGUCAUUGUGCGAGAAGUACUUCGGUUCGAGCAAUUUCUACGAGAUUCUGAAAAUCGAGGCCGGCGCUAAUACCAAUGAAAUUAAAAAAGCUUACCACCGUCUCUCCCUGCUCGUCCAUCCCGAUCGAGUGGACGAGAGCGAGAAGGACAUCGCCACGGAGAAAUUCAAAGCCUUGGGCAAGAUCCACACGAUUCUGCAGGACAAAGAGAAGCGCAAAAUUUACGACGACCACGGAGAUUUCGACGAAGACUCCGACAGCGCUUUCAACUGGAGCGAGUACUGGAAAGUCAUCUUCAAGAAGAUCGAAACGAAGGACAUCGAAGAGUUCGAGAGGAACUACAUAGGCUCCGACAGGGAGCUGAGGGAUAUCAAGAAGGCUUAUGAGCAGAGCAGAGGGAAUAUGGACAGGAUAUUAGAAUUGGUUCCGUUCUCGAACUGCGACAGCGAGCCCAGAAUUAUCGAAAUCGUACAGAAGAUGGUGGACGACGGGGAGGUUGAAUACUUCGUUACGUUCUUCAAGGAGAGCAAGCAGAGGAAGCUUCGUAGACGCAGGAAGUAUGAGAAGGAAAGGAGAGAAGUUGAGAAAAUUAAUUUUGAAGAUUUGGAAAGGGAACUAGAAAACAACAUGAAAAAAAGACAAGAGGAUUUCCUUAAUUUUGUGUCAGAUUUGGAAAGUAGAGCUAAAAAACCCAAGAGGAAAUCAAUAACCAAACCAAAAGAUUCUCCAAAAUCAAAGAGAACAAAGAAAUGAAAGGUUAGGAGGUUGUUGUAUUGAAUAAAACUCGUUGCUCCCUUAAUUAAUAUAAGUUUUUGUACAUGUAGACUAAGUUACAAACUGCGAUUAUAUUCUGUUUUUAAUUCAUUUAUUAUAAUGCAUUACAAAAAAGAAAUCACAAUAUAUUUUUCUAACGUACUACUAUGAAAAUAUUACUAUAUGAAUACGCCAAAUGUGUUUCGAUCUAAAUGAACUUGUUUAAAAUUAAAAAAAUUUAACAAAAAAUACUUAAUUCGUUAAAAUAGCGAUCAAUAAAUUAUGGUAAACUGCGGAGCAUUUUUCCGACAAAUUUCUUCGAGAGAACGGGAAAAGAAUGAUUUAUCGCAAAGGAAUUUAACGAACGAGGUUCCCGAAAUUUUUAAGCAAUGACUAGACCGGGACCCUCUAAAUAUACGUUUUUUUUUAAAUAAUUUAUUGGUAAAUUGGUUGUUUUUUUUCGAAAUUGUGCCAUCUCUAUAGAUUGUUAUUGCCGGUUAGAGAGGAAAAUUUGCAUCGUACGUAUAUUAAAAAUGUUAUUGAUCAAACAUUGCAUGUAGAGGUGUUACGAAAAAUAAUUUAUAACGGUAACGAACAAUAGAAAAAUUUGGCUAAAGUUUAUUUAUCCCUUCUAAAUACACAAUGACGUCAUAUUUAGUUGUUUCCACGCAGUUCAACAUUUCUCUAGUGCCGAUGUUAAUUCAGCCAUUUGUCUAGGGGAAUUUUACGACAGAAUGUUACGAUUGAACUAACAUUGAAAGUAAACAUAACUUUAAACAAAUCUGUUAUAUUAUGAAUCUCAAUUACAACACGGCAACGUUGCAACAGGCUGGCUCGUGACGUCCAUUGUCUUUUAAGAACGAAUAAACUUUACAACACCCUCAUCAUCCAGAUGUAAAUCACCCCUUUCCGCCGUUCCCCCAAAACACCCGCAGCGUUCACCCACUACAUAAAAUCGCCUAAACUAACAAAAAAAAACAAACAAACAAAAACGCCCUUAAAACUACUACAUUUCCUUUUUCUCCUCCACCUCCUCCUCCUCCUCCUUCACCUCCUCGUCGCCGGCGGCGCCUUCGCACUCCUCGGCCACCUCGUGGCCCCACCUGUAGUGAGUACCGUCCCCGUUGUUCUCCACCACCUUCCUGAUCAACUCGCCCGACGGCGCCUUUAAGUCGUACGCCCAGCCGAUCGACUUGAAGAUGUUCAACCACAACGUGGUCACGUUCAACAUGGUGCCCAGCUCAGCCGCCCUGUAGUCCCACGGGAACGUGUGGUGGUAGUUAUGGUAUCCCUCGCCCAUCGCGAAGAACGAUACGGCCAGAUUCUCCGACGGGAAGAUUCUC